GAAUUUAUCACACAGAAAUCGCUUAGCUGAAUUUGUAUUGAAUCCCGGAACAUGUUUCGCCAAAAAUCUUUUAGAUCUCAUACCUCUGUUUUCUUUGUUGUUGUUUUCUUCCUCUUUAUCUUGAUCUCAGCCAAAUAUGACUACUUUAUCAACAUCGGCUUUAGUGCCCCUUCCGGUAAUUCCGAAAGCUGCAAUAUAGGGCCGAUAUCUACCGAGCCGUCGAGCACCCAAGUAAUCACCUCCACACCCAUAUCAACACCUACAGCUGUAGCCUUCCCCGAGAAGAUAUGGUACAAAGUCGGACCUCAAGGUGUUUCCACCGAGGCUGAAAGCUUUAGAAAUCAUUGCCUCGAGCUAAGUCCAUCAUACGAAUACGAAAUACUUGACGAUGAGAUGGCGAGCGCGUACGUUUACAAAUGGUUUUCGGAUCGGCCAGACAUCAUCACCACCUACUUCUCACUCAAUGUGCCCAUCCUAAGAGCGGAUGUAUUGAGAUAUUUAAUCCUAUGGGCCGAGGGUGGAAUGUGGAUGGAUCUAGAUGUUUCGUGUGACGAAGUACCGAUACAUCGAUGGGUUCUGAAAGAGUAUCGAGAAGCCGCCAAUCUUGUCGUCGGCUUGGAGUUUGACUGGCCAUGGGAGAAUGACAACUUCCUACACGCCCAGUUUACUAGUUGGACGAUAAUGGCAAAGCCCCGCUCUCCCCACAUGAUGCAGGUCAUCGAUGAUAUCUUGGUGGAUAUUGAUGAGGUAGCACGACAACAUAAUGUCUCGAUCGAUGGUAUACAAAUGUCCAUGAUUCCUCAGGUGGUAGACCUCACGGGCCCAAAGAGGAUGACAAGGAGCAUCGUGAAGAGUUUGAAUCGGAUCCUUGAAAGGGAGCUCGACGACCGGGACAUUACAGGACUGAGAAGUGCAAAGCUCGUUCACGACGUGCUGAUAUUACCGGGAAAUGCAUUUGCUGCAAGUCAGAGUAACUUUCCAAAGGAUCAAGGUCCGGUUCUGGUAACCCAUCAUUAUGCGGGAACAUGGAAGAAUAAGCUGGGUGGCGAGGAAGGAAAGACAUCGGUAUGAACUUUUUUUCAUAUUAUGCGUUGGGAAAGAAAAACGAGUGCAUAAUAAAGUGGUAAUUCGCGGAAGAGAAUAGAGAAUGGAGAUCCUAGAGAGAGCCACAGUGCCUUCCUCCGUACGCGGAAGGAGCUGGAGUCUCCGAGGACAUUUCCUAGAGGGGCUUAACGCUCAUGUCGAGAGUUGUCCCUCUUGGCUACAAAAAAGAAGUUAGCACUCUAAAAGCCUUUGCUCUUGCUAUUAAUUGCCGGUGCGAGAUGGGUAUUGGCGUGGGUCAAGGUUGCUCUGAGGGAACCCCAGCAGGCAGAGCUUGUACAUUAGACGUUUUCUUAAGUUUCACUGUACCAAAAUGUAGAGUUAUUGAGGGGGUUUUUUUCUCUCUGUUCAAAUCGAAAAUGCCUACUAGGCUACAUCGCUCUUAUGGAUGUAUGUAUAUCAGUGAGACUGAACAGUCGUGGUCGAAGUGGUUAGUUAAAUAAGCGCAAGCCACACAGGUGGCGCAAAACAAAGCAGGGGUACAGAUCACAUGGGUAGCGGCAAAUGUCAAAUGAGGUCUAUAUUGAGAUAGACAUAGGAAAUACGACUUGGGGUCAACAGAUACAACA